UCCAUUAUACUAGCACUCUUAACUUGCAUACUUCCUAAAAGGUAUUUUUGGUGGCUAGGCGAAGCAUAGUAACAAACCUUAAGGCUUUGGACCACUAGCACGUGACCUCCAGCAAGUUACUUUACCUCUUUCAGCUUCAGGUUCCUCGGCUGUGAAACACUGGCAGUAUCGCCUUUCUGUUUAAAGACAUUUUAGCUGGAAGAUGCUAAUUAUCAAUGAGGAGAAAGUGACACCUGAAGAGUUCAUUUUCCAUCUUGGUCCUUGGUUUUUCCUUUGAACUCCCUUUACCCGGCCCUCUUUCCCACCUCAGCACUUCUCCCCCACUAUCAUAAAAGACAGCUCUUCCCUGGUCGGGUGGCAGAAACUUCUUUCUCACUUGCCAGGGAGCCAUUCCCUCUGCAGCUGCCUCGCGGGUAUGGACAACCUGUGUGAGACCUUCCUAAGCCUGGAAGGUGGCUUGGGCUCCUCUGACAGCCCUGGCCUGCUGUCCUCCUGGGACUGGAAAGACAGGGCAGGGCCCUUUGAGCUGAACCAGGCCUCCCCUGCUCAGAGCCUUUCCCCAGCUCCGUCACUGGAGUCCUAUUCUUCUUCUCCCUGUCCUGCUGUGGCCGGGCUGCCCCGAGGGCAUGAUGGGGCCAGCAGUGGGGGCAGUGAUGACUACAGCAUCCAAGGGGCUGGUGGCCUGGUAGAGGUGGACUACAACAUGUUGGCCUUCCAGCCUGCCUACCUACAGGGCACUGGUGGCCCCAAGGCCCAGAAGGGCACCAAAGUCAGGAUGUCUGUCCAGCGGAGGCGGAAGGCCAGCGAGAGGGAGAAGCUCAGGAUGAGGACCUUGGCAGACGCCCUGCACACCCUCCGGAAUUACCUGCCACCUGUCUACAGCCAGAGAGGCCAGCCGCUCACCAAGAUCCAGACGCUCAAGUACACCAUCAAGUACAUCGGGGAACUUACAGACCUCCUCAACCGUGGCAGAGAGACCAGAGCCCAGAGCGCCUGAGCUGUGCCCCAGGGAAUGCCACCAGACCCAGCCCUCUGGGCAGAAGUAGAAGAGCUUUAAAGACCUGGAGUAUCUCAUGGGACAACAGUGCAGAAUUAUAAUUCUCAUAAUAAGUGAUCUGAAAGGAAGGGAAUUCUUAUCUGACCUGUUGGACCCACCAGAACACUUACCCACCAGACAAGCAGAGACUUUUACUUCCAGUUUUUCCACCAUCUCUGGGAGACUCCUCUUUUGCAAAGAGACAGAUUAUUUUGCCCCUCUCUGUCUCUUCAAGGUAUUUUAAAGGGUCGAUUAUUUUAAAUGCAUUUUUUUCAAUAACAUAAAAUUGUUGCAAUUAAUCUUC